AUGAACUUUCUCUUUCUUUCUCUUCUUUGGCCUGUAGUAGCCAGCGCUGCUGCUUGCAAGCCAACGCCCCCUAAAUCAAAGGCCGCUUGCAAGUUGGCUGCCAACAACACCGUGGAGAUGAGUGUCGGCUUUGACUACAAUGGGGACUGUGCCCCAAGUACCGGAACUCUCCAAGGCUUCGUAAUCUUUGUUGACUUUUCCGAUGCCGAACCUGCUCAAGACGAGACCCCCGAGUCACUCUACGACGCUAUAGUCCCCCAAACAACCGAAUGGUACAGCCAAGCCUCUUAUGGGGCUCUAUCCCUGAAUAUUUCGGCCGAUAUGUCCAAGUUCUACCGCAUGCCCAAAUCUGCUGUAUCAUAUGGCUGGGAGCGAGGUCUCACAGGUCCAGAACAUCAAGAAUACAUCCAAGAUGCCCUCGAUGCCUACACAGCCGAAGGGACUCGCCCCCCACCUCCCGAAUCGGAUGUUCUCUAUGUUGUUCCCGUAAAGAGCGUUGGUGGCAAAGGGAUCUCUCGGUCCAUCACUUUUCUUUCACGAGCCAACACUAGACAAGGCGAUUAUGUUGCUCGGAAGACCGUUACGGUUGGAACCGACGCAUUUACGGGUUGGGGAACAAAGAGCUGGAGGGUAUUGGCUCACGAAACCGGACAUACUAUCUGCUUGGCCGAUUUGUACCCGUUCGAGGAUCUUGGCCUGGGCUACUACGUUGGUGGCUGGAGUGCCAUGGGAGACCUCUCUGGUAUUGCCCCUGAUUUCUUCGCCUGGGACAAGUGGCGCCUGGGUUGGAUUAACGACAAAUCUGUCGAUUGUGUUUCAGAGCGAGGAACUACUCAGCACACUCUGAGCCCCCUAGAAUUGAACAUUUCUGACAAUGGUGUCAAAGCGGUUGUAGUCGCCGUCGACCAAACCUCCGCACUUGUUGUAGAGGCCCGUACAUCCGAGGGUCUUGACUCAGGCGUGUGCGCCCCUGGAGUCCUUCUCUACACAGUUGAUACCUCGGUCAAGACAGGCUACGGCCCCAUCCGUGUUGUAGAUAUUACCCCAGGAUCAGGUGGCUGCGGCGACGGUAGUGUCUACGAUAAGAACGACGGCACGUUGUCACAGGGUGGAGUGAGCACGUAUAGGGUUCCUGGCUGGGGAGUUCAGAUUACUGUAGUAAAGCAGACAGAGGAGGGCUAUAGUAUCAAAGUUGAUGCUGAGUUGUAG